GGCCUUUUUUAAUGUUUUCCGUCACUCUAAUCUUUAUUUUACUGAAAAUAAUGAUUUUAUUGGGUCUCUCAAUUUUUUACAGUAUUAUAGAAGUUUAAAUGUAAGAUUAACCGACUCGAAUCAACUAAAUGUAUUUUUAAAGCUAGUAUUUUAUUCACGUCAAGUUACAAAAUUUACCAUUGAUUCAAACAAUGAUACUUUCGUUCUUUUUAAUAUUUUCUCGCCCUUCUUCAUAACACAGAAUCUUACCUCUUUGAAACUAGCCUAUAUGGAGUAUAACUUUCCAAUUAAGCCAGGAAUGAUCCCGAGUACUUUAAAAGAACUUACACUGCCACAUGAUUAUAAUCAUCCGCUUCAAGAAACCUUUGCUAUUACAAACGAUUGUCUUGAUUACAUACCAGUUUUUCCUGAAAAUGGAUUAACUAAAUUGUACAUUACCAACUCAUUUAAUCAACCAAUUAUUCAAAAUGUCCUUCCAAAAACUUUAAAAGAACUAAAAAUUGGUACUUCUUUCACCCAAGAAUUGUAUUUCGAAAGUAUUCCAGACUCUGUUACUUUUCUUACUCUUGACUGCCCAUAUUAUAAUCAUCAGUUUGCUCCAGGAAUCCUUCCAAGAAAUUUAAUAAAGCUAAAGAUUGGUAAUAAUGUUCCUUUAUUGCCUGGUUCUUUACCAGAAUCUCUUACUUAUCUCAAACUAUGCCGCGACUUUAACCAACCUAUUACUGCUAAUCUAUUACCAAAAAAUCUUAAAAAAAUAUCUUUUGGUUCUAAUUUCCAAAGUAACUUUGUUCCAUCUGAAAAUAUUCAUACAAUCGUUUUUGGUGAAAAUAUGCUUUGUGAACCACAUAGCUUUACAGAAAACGUUAGAAGUGUAGUAGUUAAAAACCACCGUCAUAACGAAUUACCAAAUACUAUUAAUGAACUAAUCAUUGUUGCCAAAAAAAAAAUACAUAAAAGAUUUCCAGUGAAUCUUAAUUAUUUAGAACUAAAUUGUCCCGAUCCUUUCCAAUUUCAAAAAGAUCAGUUAAAACCACUCACUGGACUAAAGCAUCUAAGACUUUUAAGUGGUGAUAUAAGAAUUCAAGUUAACCAAAUCCCAAUAUCUUUAAUAUCGCUCGACCUAGGUGGUUUAGUAUCAAAAGAUCCUCUAGACCUAAGCCCAUUGGUAAAUCUAGAAUACUUUAGUUUAGGUGGUGGACUUCCCCAAAAUAUUACAUCUCCACCAACACUUCGUGCUAUGAAAUUUUAUGGUGAUGAAGUUGAAGAGUUUUCCAAUACUAUUUUUCCAGCAUCACUUGAAAUCCUUCAAUUGCCACAAUACCAUGUCCAGCCUCUAUCAAACUCGUGGCUUCCAUCGUCAUUGAAAAUCCUUAUCCAUCCUGGUGAACCUGUUAUUGCUGAAGAUUAUAGACGUCCAAAUCUCAUUAAAUUUUAUGUUGGUUAUUUAAAUGAAACCAUCUUGAUUUAUGAUAGAGCUUUUCUUGAUGAUAAUCCCAAUAUUGUACAAUCAUUUAAAAACAAACAUAACGUAAUCAUUGAAGAUUAUUUAAAUUACAUUCUACCAUGCCAAAUAAACAAUAGAUAUAGUGAAAAAUUUUAUAUGGCAGAUAACUAAAAUUAAAAUAAAUAAAAACCUAUUUAAUUAUUAUUAU